AUGAUCCGAACUUUAGGAGCCAAGUUGGCGCUGCCAAGCUUGCAUGGGAACAGAAGAAACGGCUACGCAUGUACUUCUCUACUGUCCAGGUGUAGCGGCUUACCGGGCACAACAUCUUGGCACCCUGAAGACACUUCCGGAGAUCUUCAAGAAGCCAAAAAGACUUCUGAAGUUUCUGGAGGAGCUUGGGUGGCAGAACAUUAUCAAGAACGUAUCGUCAAGAUAAAUAAUUUGGUUUUCGAAGAUACUUGUACAAUUCAAGUGAGUGGCAAGUAUGGAGAAACGAGCCUAACUUACAAAACACCAGAAUGUUCUCGUACAUAUGCGUGUACUCCUUUACCCGAUAUACCACAAAAUGUGACGAUACUUCAAUACGAGGAUUGGAAUGAUACGUGGAGAGUGCACGUCCGCUGGGCGUCGCCAGCACAAGCGCCCUCUUUAUACGAAGUCACUUUGAGAACAAAUAAAUCUACGCAGGCUAUUACGAUUCCUGGGAAUAUGACAGAGAUGGAGUUCUCGCGCGUCCGCGGCGACGGCGAGUACAACGUGUCUCUUACAGCGCGCUCCGCGAAGGGCCGAGAGGUUCACACGAGUCGAAGAACUAUCUUUCCUACUCGUCAGGCAGCGUCGAUGUCAACGGCGCUGCUGGUGGGCGUGGUGUGGCUGUGCGCGCUGCUGGUGUCCGUCGCGCUGCUCAUCGCUGUCGUGUACUGGCGCCGGCGGAUGCGAGCCGCCUCUAGCUUUUACUACAGGGACCCAUUCGAAAAGAUACAUCAAGAGGGAGACAUAGACAUGUGUGGGACGGAGGCAGGCACGGAAGACCAGUGGGAGGUGCGGCCCGAGCGCCUGCUGCUGCACGAGGUCAUCGGGGAGGGCGCCUUCGGGGUCGUGCGCCGAGGCACGUUCGCGCCCUCAAACAAGGAAGUCGCUGUCAAAAUGCUAAAAGGCUUCCCAUCGGCGGACGAGAACCGCUCGUUCCGCGCGGAGAUGGAGCUGAUGAAGAGCGUGGGCGCGCACCCGCACGUGGUGAGCCUGCUGGGCUGCUGCAGCGGCCGCCGCCCGCUCAUCGUGGCCGAGUACUGCGGCCGGGGAGACCUGCUCACCUACCUCCGAUGUUCCUGGGAUAUGAUGAUGUCUCGACGAAACAUAAAUUACUACAACAAUAAAGAAGGAAUUAAUUAUCGUAAUUAUAUCUUCAAAAACAAACGUAACGACUCCAAAUUUGUAUCAAAUCGCCUUUACGAUCUACAAGGAGCCUUCGACACCGAACUGACUUACCGAGAUCUCUUGUCAUUUUGUCGUCAAAUAGCCAUGGGUAUGGAGUUUUUGGCUUCCAAUCGCGUUGUCCAUCGUGACUUAGCGGCAAGAAAUGUGCUAGUGACUGCCGAUAGGACACUAAAAAUAGCAGAUUUUGGCCUGUCCAGAGAUGUGUAUCAGGAAAAUCAGUACAAACAGGAGGGUAACGGAAAAAUGCCUGUUAAAUGGAUGGCUCCAGAAUCGUUAACUCAUCGAAUAUAUACAACGCAAAGUGACGUGUGGUCGUUCGGCGUGGUGAUGUGGGAGGUGGUGACGCUGGGCGGCGCGCCGUACGCGGGCGUGGGCGCCGAGCGCCUGCCGCGCCUGCUGCUGGCCGGCUACCGCAUGCCGCGCCCGCCCGACUGCACGCCCGCGCUGUACGAAUUAAUGCUGUCCUGCUGGAAGGAGGGCCCGCGCUCCCGGCCCACGUUCGGCGAGCUGCACGCGGCGCUGGACGAGCUGCUGUGCGCGUGCGCCGACCACUACCUGUCGCUGGCGCUGCCCGCCGACCCGCCCGCCGCGCCGCGCGAGCGCCGCUACAUGCGCAUGCUGCUCAGAAGCAUGAGGAAGCGUGGCAAGAGCUACGAGCGGCCGCUAGCCGCCUCGACCAACCACUACACUGACCAGCCCGCCGCCGCGCCGCGCUGCUGA